AUGGGUAUAACAUUAGACACCCUGACAAUGGAAACACGUCUUCCUAUUGACAAAAUUGAGCGAUUGAAGGAAAUUUUUGGACAACUUGAAAACAGACGUUCUUGUACUUUGAAACAACUACAAUCCCUGAUUGGUACAUUGAACUUUGCAUGCAAGGUUGUCCCACCAG